CACAUUGCUUCUUUUUUGGAGCCUACUGCUAUAGUGGCACCGAAGUAGUAGUAGGGCAGGAGGACGAUUUACAGUAUUCAAUUUUGCUAAACGGCCAACGAGAGAACUCUAUCACCAAUGAUGAAGCAUCUCUGGGAAUCUCGCCAACAAUUCUCCAACCUAGUUAACAUUAUCAUCACGAGGUAACAGAAGGAAGAAGAGUCAGAAUCAGGGCUUUGCUCUCAUCAUCACCUAAUGCGGAUUACUAUCUUGGUCAGUCUCGGGUAUGUGUAUAUCAAAUAUGAGGAAAAAAUCCGGCAGAUAAUCCUGAUCAAUGUUCUCUUACAUCAUGAACAGCAACAGCAACAAUUACAUGUAAACUCGGUGGUAGGCACACCAUCGUCAGUGCACGUCGUAGUCAAGAAACAACAAGUGCAGCAAGAACAACAAUGUAUUUUCUAUAUCCAAAUUACUGCGUUUAUCCAAGCCCAUCAAUGGGUGCUACCGUGUCAACGAAACUGCGAAGCGGAAACCGAGCAAACGGUGAUGGUGAGACUUCACGUGCGUUUGGCAGCUCAUCUUUGCCGAUGGAUUUUCGCUGCGCCGCUGUGUCUGGCGAUUAUCAUACAAGACUUAACCCAGCCCUACCAGUGCUGAUGCGCAAAGCAUUUUCUUUGAUGGUGGCGGCGGCACUUUCAGUAAGACAAGGAAUGCGACGUUUGAUGCAGCUGAUUUACGUAUUAUAUAUAAUAAUAAAGCAGCGCAUUACGCAUUUACAUAUUCCUACUAGUGGUACACAUCAUUGGCAACAGUCGGCUAUAUUACUAGGGGCAACAAAACGAUCUAGAACUUCUGUGGUACAAUCAUCAAUUACAGCAGUGGCAUCGGACGACCCCGAAAGAAGAAGUAGGAAGAAUGAGCCUUUGAGAGAGCGGGAUCAUGGACGACAUGGAGACACGGUGCAUCUUUGCUUAAAGAUCCAUACAUGCGUUGGAUGCGGGCUGUCCUUUCCACGCAAAUAUACCUUGCUUGCAGCGGCAUGAGCGAACAAAGAAGAGCCGUAGUUGCACCACUACUACAUAGCACCAUCCUUUUUCACUUUCAAGUGCCAGGUGUCA